AUGGAUAUGAUCACAGUUGGUCCAGUAGGAGUACAAGUAGGAACCCUUUGGUAUGAAACGGGACGAACCGAAGUAGCCCAGAUUUUUGUUUCCUACAAAUAUGACACAGUUUUCUCACUGCAGUUCGUCUUCUAUGAGAAUGGCAAAUUCGUAUUGUCAAACAAGCAUGGCACUAAUGAAUGUGAAAGCUUUUGUGCAGUGACAUUUGAUUAUCCAACAGAGUUUCUUACUUCCAUAAGUGGUUCAUUCCGAAAAGCUUAUGGAUAUUCUAUUUUGAGUUCAAUAUCAUUUGGAACCAAUAUGGGUUCCUAUGGACCAUUUGGAGCCCCGAAAGCUGAUCCUAACAAAUUCACCUUUAAGAUGGGAAAUUAUCCUUCUUUGGGUGGUUUCCACGGCAGCAAACACCAUCUUGGUGUUGAGAGUUUUGGAGUCUAUAUGAAGCCCAUCACAACCUCAAUGAUCCAUUUUAAAGAUCCUCCAGUAAAGGUUAAAAAGGAAGGAGGUCAAGAGAAGAAGGUCUAA